AUGGCCUCCCCUAGCGUUCUCACCUUUGACGCUGAGGGCCGAGCAGUUGACUUUGAGGUCUGGGUAGAUGAUCUGCAGCUUUUCCUACAGUGCGAUAGGGCAGACGGCCUCUCCUUGUUUGACCUCACUUCUGGUGCCUCUCCUGCCCCUACUGCUGAUGCUGAAGCCACUGGACCACUUCCUCUCAGUUUGCCCCACCACUUCACCGUUGACCUCCUCGAGAAGGCCCUCCUAGCAGCAGAGAAGAGCAUAGUCGCUGUAGGAGCCUCUUGUAGUGACCCUCGCACCCCCGUCUUUGAGGGGUGUUCUCCCUCCCCCCUCCUACCCUCUGUUGCCUCUGCUGCUACGGCCGACCUCGUUGGUUUCGAGUCGGUCAGUGCUGCGUCUGCCCCAAGCGAGAGACGCCGCACCAGCAAGGACAAGGAGGGCAAGGGCACUGGAGGGGCUGGAGGGGGCGGUGGAGGUGGUGGUGGAGGCAGUGGAGGGGGUGGGGGUGGUGGUGGGAGUGGUGCCGGGGGUGGCGGCGGCGGCGGCAGCAGUGGAGGAGGCGGAGGCGGUGCAGGUGGCGGAGGGAGCAGAGGCGGCGGAGGUGGCGGAGGUGGAGGAGGCGGCGGAGGCGGCGGUGGCGGCGGCGACGACGGUAGUGGAGCGGGUCGCGACUCUGCGCAGAGGAGUGGCACCGGUGGUGGUCAGCGCCAGCAGCAGCAGCAGAGUGGUGUGACCCUGUCCCCUCAGCAGCUUCGUGAGUGGUACUCUGUGCGUCAGCGCGGUGGAGUUUUUGGUCCCUGCACUUACGUCCUCCGUUCCGGCGACCGCACUAGUGAGCAGUGCGGAGGCCCGCACUCCACCCAGCGCUGCUUUGUUCGCCUGACGGACGCGUGGCGUCUCCAGUUCCAUGAGGCGUUAGAGAUCCCUCGCUGGGGAAAUCUGACUAAGGCCGGGGUUGCUAUCUUUGAUCUUGACUUUGAUGCUAUUCUUGCUGCCAUGUAUGAUGUUGAAACUAGUGUUGACGGUGCCUGUUACCUGUGUGUACCGCCUGACCCGGGCAUUGAGGCCGCUGCUCUAGGUGCUGGUGAGGCCGGUGCUCUAGGUGCUAGUGCGUCUGCUGCCCUAAGUGCCAGUGCGUCUACCGCCCCAGGUGCUGGUGAGUCUGUUCUCUCAGGUACUACAUCGGCUUAG